CUCUCUGCCUUCGUUCGUUGUUGUUAUUGCCCGCCCAACAGUUUCGUUUCAUUUUGUUUGGCAUCUCCGGCGGCGUUAGAAGUAUUACUAUUAUUUUAUCAUUAUUUUUCCGUGUAAUAUUGUGUGUGUCGGCAACAGCUGUUUUAACCUCGAAAAAAAAAAACAGCAAAUUAUUGCAGAUAAGAAAAUAACAAAUAUGACAGUGCACAUAGGAGUGCAGAAACGGCAACGCGUCAGCAGAAAUAAGUAAUUGCAAUUGCCGCAAGUCGCUUGCCAAUCGAUUAUGCAGUAAUGCUCAAUGUCGAUCUAAUUUUUAUCACUAAGUGGGCCCACACUUAAUCGCACGAACAAAAAAACAAUACAAGACAAACAGCACUGCAAUUUCAGUUAUUGCCUGAAAAACGUGAAAGGGAUCCUAAUUUUAAUCAAUUUUAAUGACGAGAUAAUCUAGAAAAAGCUUUAAGCCAAUCGAACAAAGCUGCAAAAUGGCGAAGGUGACAAACUGGGACAAGUUUGUGCUGCUUCUGUGGAAGAACUGGACUCUUCAAUGGAACCACAAAUGGCAGAUGGUUAUCGAGCUGGUGCUGCCGGCCAUAUUCUCCUUGCUCCUCGUUUUGGUCCGCACCCUGGUCGAUACCGAGCAGCGGGGUAUCAAGACAUACAGUCCCCUGCCUAUAACAGAUCUCAGUUUGUUGCAACAUUCGUUACAUAGAUCGUCCUACCUUGGCAAGCUCAUAGCGCUGAUUGCACCUAAUCGACGGAGGUCGAACAGCGGCAUUAAAAAUGUAGUGUUUACCGUGUGCUACUCCCCCGUAAACCCUGUGUUGAAGAAACUGGUGGAGGAGGCAUGGCAAAGCCUGGGUAUGACCGAUAUUUGCGAAUCGGAUAAUGCCACCCAACUGGAAACGGAUACGGUGAGGUUGAGCGCCUUUGCCGGAAUCCAGUUCAACGAUGCCUGGUCGAAUCUAACUGAGGAGGAGGGCCUUCCUGACGAUUUUCAUUUCUCACUGAGAUUCCCAGCGGAACUGAGAACGGCGACGAUGGCGAUAGCAAACACCUGGCUGACAAUGCGCCUGUUUCCCACCAUUGAUCUGACAGGGCCAAGAAAUGAAGCGGAUGAAGAUGGUGGCAUUCCGCCGGGCUAUUUACGAGAGGGAUUCUUGCCCCUGCAACACAGCCUUUCGAUGGCGUAUAUAAGACAAAGAUCGGGGAGGCAGGAUCUGCCGGAGGUGAAGUUGCAGCGUUAUCCGUAUCCCGCUUACAUCUAUGAUCCCCUGCUCGAGGGCAUGUCCUCGAUUAUGUCGCUGAUCAUACUGUUGAGCUUCAUCUAUCCAUGCACGUAUAUCACCAAGUACAUCACCGCUGAAAAGGAGAAGCAGCUCAAGGAGGUAAUGAAGAUCAUGGGACUGAGCAACUGGCUGCACUGGACCGCCUGGUUUGUAAAGUCCUUCAUCAUGUUGACCAUAUCGGCCAUUCUGAUUGCCAUUCUGGUCAAGAUCAAUUGGACGGAGGACGUGGCCGUACUGACGCAUGCGAAUUUCACCGCCUUGGUCUUCUUCCUCAUCAUAUACAUCAUAGCGAGUAUCUGUUUCUGCUUCAUGAUGGCCACACUGUUCUCGAGAGCAAGCACAGCAGCCGCCGUUACGGGCUUAAUAUGGUUCAUAGCCUACAUUCCGUACUCCUUUACGAUAAAUACGUACGACGACUUAAGCCUGACUGCCAAGUUGGGCUGGAGCUUAAUCUCGAACACGGCCAUGGGCUUUGGCAUCAAGCUGAUCCUGGGCUUUGAGGGAACAGGCGAGGGUCUGCAGUGGAGCAACUUCUUCACGCCCGUCUCUGUUGAUGACACUUUGACUGUGGGGGCCGUCAUGAUCAUGAUGCUGGUAUCCUGCUUCAUUUGCAUGACAAUCUGCUUGUAUGUGGAGCAAGUGAUGCCGGGCAGCUUUGGCGUGCCGCGACCCUGGAAUUUCCCAUUUACUCGGGAGUUUUGGUGCGGCGAACGGGAGUAUACGGGAGUAGAGGACAUACCCAAUGGCCAUGUGGAGCAGCGGGAUCCCAAGGCCUUCGAAACAGAGCCGGAGGGCAAACACAUCGGCCUGCAGAUGAGGCAUCUUAAAAAGCGCUUCGCCGACAAAAUGGUCGUAAAGGGACUUUCGAUGAAUAUGUUCGAAGAUGAGAUCACUGUCUUGCUGGGACACAACGGAGCUGGCAAAACCACCACCAUAUCUAUGUUGACAGGAAUGUUUCCCCCAACUAGCGGAACAGCUAUUAUAAAUGGCAGUGACAUCCGCACCAACAUCGAAGGAGCCCGCAUGUCCCUGGGCAUCUGUCCCCAGCACAAUGUUCUUUUCGAUGAGAUGAGCGUGUCGAAUCACAUUCGAUUCUUCAGCCGAAUGAAGGGACUGCGUGGCAAGGCCGUUGAGCAGGAGGUGGCCAAGUAUCUGAAGAUGAUCGAGCUGGAGGACAAGGCGAAUGUGGCCUCAUCGAAACUCUCUGGAGGCAUGAAGCGCAAACUGUCCGUUUGUUGUGCCCUCUGUGGUGACACAAAGGUGGUGCUGUGUGACGAGCCCAGCUCCGGAAUGGAUCCAUCGGCCAGGCGGCAACUGUGGGACUUGCUGCAGCAGGAGAAGGUGGGUCGCACCCUCCUGCUGACCACUCAUUUUAUGGACGAGGCUGAUGUUCUGGGUGACCGCAUUGCCAUUAUGUGCGAUGGUGAACUUAAGUGCCAUGGUACGUCGUUUUUCCUAAAGAAACAGUAUGGAUCGGGGUACCGAUUGAUCUGUGUAAAGCGAGAUGACUGUGAGACGAAUGAGGUGACGGCUUUGCUGAACAAGUACAUUCCGGGCUUGAAGCCGGAGUGCGAUAUCGGUGCGGAACUGUCCUAUCAGCUGCCGGAUAGCGCCUCUUCCAAAUUCGAGGAGAUGUUCGGCCAACUAGAAGACCAGUCGGACGAACUCCAUCUAAAUGGCUAUGGCGUGGGAAUCACCUCAAUGGAGGAAGUGUUCAUGAAGGUCGGCGCUGAAAAGGACAGCACCGGCAACUUGAAGGACCAAAAUGAGAUUAUGAAUGGAGGCAGUGGAUUCCGCGGCGAGGAUGACAACGAAUCUGUACAGUCCGACGGCAUAUUUUCGGAGAAUCGAAGACUGCUCCAGGGAAUGCAGCUGCUAUCGAACCAAUGGAAGGCGAUGCUCCUCAAGAAGUUCCUCUACACGUGGCGCAACAAGUUGCUGCUUCUCAUCCAGAAUAUUAUGCCGGUAUUCUUCGUGGUUGUAACCAUUUUGAUCAUCGAGUCCCAGGGCACUUUCCAGGAGCUAAAGCCCAUUACAAUUUCAUUGACUCAAUAUCCCUUGGCUGUGACAGUUUUAGAUCGAUCCAAUGUGAGUGCGCUGGAUGUGGCCGACAAGUACCAGGAGUUGGCUGAAUCCUAUGGCAGCAAUUAUGGUCUAGAACUAACUGGUACCAAGGGCUUUGAGGAUUACAUUCUGGAACUGGGAAAGACGAUCCAAGUGCGCAUAAACGCACGCUAUUUGGUUGCCGCAACUUUCCAAGAGUCUGAGAUCAUAGCCUGGCUGAAUAAUCAGGCCUUACACACUGCACCCCUGACAGUCAACAUGGUGCACAACGCCAUUGCCCGCCAAAUAAGUCCAUCGGUUAACAUCCAGGUGACAAAUGCACCACUGCCGUAUACGACUAGCACACUGCUCUCCCAGCUGAGCAUGGGCAACAAUCUCGGAACGCAACUGGCCUCCAAUCUGUGCUUCUGCAUGUGCUUCGUUAGCUCCAUAUAUAUCCUGUUUUUGAUCAAAGAGCGAGAGUCCAGGGCUAAGUUGCUGCAGUUCGUGGGCGGCGUUAAAGUGUGGACCUUCUGGUUGACCCAAUUUAUUUGCGAUUUCGCCACCUAUAUCGUGACAGCUCUGAUCGUGGUGAUCACGAUCGUUUGUUUCCAGGAGCCCGGGCUGUCAAGUUUCGGUGAACUCGGCAGAUACUAUUUGCUUCUCCUCCUUUUUGGUUUCGCCGUGUUACCCUUCAUUUACAUCAUGUCGCUGUUCUUCAAGGAACCGGCCACUGGUUUUGCUCGGGUCUCCAUUGUCAACAUCUUUUGCGGCAUGGCCCUGUUCGUUGUGGUAGUGGUGAUGUCUUCGGAAUUAUUCGAUACAAAGGAUACGGCGGAUAUAUUGGGCUGGAUUUUCCGCGUCUUUCCACACUUCUCGCUGGCCAUGGGUUUAAACAAGGUGUACACCAACACGGCCACGAGGAAUGCCUGCGCAAAAGUCGGAGCGAUCCCACCCAUCUUGCUCUGCGAGUUGGUGCCCCAAUGCUGUAACAUCAAGCCCUACUUUGCUUGGGAAGAGCCCGGCGUUUUGCCCGAGACGGUCUAUAUGGCCGCCACCGGCGUUGUCUUCUUCCUUAUCAUCAUCGUUCUGGAGUUCAGAUUAAUCAACGAACUGAUAUUCAAACUCCGUCAAAUGCUAUCUAAACCACCGCCGCCACCAAGGGAAGGUCAAUUGGAUGACGACGUAGCUCACGAACGGGAGCGCAUUCUUCACAUGUCCUCGGACGAGUUGGCGGCCAAAAAUUUGGUGCUAGAUCGGGUUACCAAGUACUAUGGCCAGUUCUUGGCUGUCAAUCAGGUGUCUCUCUGCGUACAGGAAGUCGAAUGCUUUGGGCUGUUGGGCGUGAACGGUGCCGGCAAGACGACCACGUUUAAGAUGAUGACGGGCGACGAGCGGAUCAGCUCGGGAGCCGCUUACGUCCAAGGUCUGAGCCUGGAGUCGAACAUGAACAGCAUUUACAAAAUGAUCGGCUACUGUCCGCAGUUUGAUGCACUUUUGGACGAUCUGACGGGUCGCGAGGUGCUUCGCAUUUUCUGCAUGCUGCGCGGUGUCCAGGAGUCUCGCAUCCGUCAAUUGUCUGAGGAGCUGGCCAAGUCCUUUGGCUUCAUGAAGCACAUCGAUAAGCAAACGCACGCCUACAGUGGCGGCAACAAGCGAAAAUUGAGUACGGCGAUAGCUGUGAUCGGAAGUCCGUCCGUUAUUUACCUAGAUGAACCCACAACCGGCAUGGAUCCAGCGGCCAGGCGUCAGUUAUGGAAUAUGGUUUGCCGUAUUCGUGACUCCGGUAAAUCCAUUGUCCUCACAUCCCACAGUAUGGAGGAGUGUGAAGCGCUAUGCACGCGAUUGGCUAUUAUGGUGAACGGGGAAUUCAAAUGCAUUGGCUCCACGCAGCACCUGAAAAACAAGUUCUCCAAGGGCUUAAUCCUUAAGAUCAAAGUCCGUCGCAAUUUCGCGGCGUUGCGACAGGCGCGUUUGAGUGGUGGAUACGCGAGGAAUCCUGAUGAGCAGACGGUGCCGGCUCAAAUGGCCCAGCAAGAUAUUGAUGCUGUCAAGGAGUUUGUGGAGCACGAAUAUCCGAACUCCAUUCUGCAAGAGGAGUACCAAGGCAUUUUGACGUUCUACAUUCCACUGACUGGGGUGAAGUGGUCUCGCAUCUUCGGACUGAUGGAGAGCAAUCGCGACCAGCUAAAUGUGGAGGACUAUUCGGUCAGCCAGACGACGCUGGAGGAGAUCUUCCUGGAGUUCGCCAAGUACCAGCGCGAGGAUACACGCGCCAAUCAGUGAGCUAGCCCCCAAAAAGACCCAAAACCGAGUUGAUAACACCACCUGGCUUUUAACGGGCUUCUCGCUUAUUGGCCUCAUCUUCUACCUGUCGCAUCACAUUGCAUUGCCAGCACCAACACAAAACGAGCCCUGCAGCACCGCCAAAGCAUUCUAUUUCCCAUACACACAGCACCCGGAAUAACCCAUCUGUCAUAUUAUGAAUUUUGUUAAAUGAUUUUUGUUUGUAGUUUUUAGCUAACACCACUAACUCUAACGCUACCGCUAACGCCCUUCGAUCGAUACAAGCUAACUCUGUUGCAUGCGUAUAUACCUAGGGGAGCUAACAGUAGCCUACUAACUAACCCUUAAUUUGCUUCCCGAGCUAAUGUUAACCGUGUUGUGUCUGUUCUUUCUACUCCCUUCUGAAACGUUUCCCCACAAUAUCUAGCCGCCUCUCCAAAUUGAGAAAGUUGUGCAAGUGCCUGCUAGCUAAUGAGUAUUGAACCAACUACCUGAAGGAUUUGAUCCACACUAAUUCGAUCCGAUCCUGACCUGAUCUUAAACACUCACAGAUAAUAAUGUUACCAAAAGAACGACGAUGCCUGAACAGCUAACAAAUAGUUUGUAAGCUCGACCUGACAAUAGAUAGCAGCUAUUAUGCCUUCUUUUCAUUGUGAUCAUCUAGCGAAAUUUUACACAGCAACAAAGAGAUCUAUAAAAUGUAUGUUUGGUAUAUAUAUAUAAUGUAACAUAUAUGUAUAGUUAUAUCUGCUUCACAUGCACGAUAAGUUCUUUUAGACUUUUCUUAUAUUUUUGUUUUUGCCCAAAAAAAGUAUUGGCCAGAGAAUUGGCCGGAAACUAUUCCCAGCGCCCAAAGAAAACUUGUUGCAUAUAGUAAUAUGUGUAUUUAUUUCGAUGUACUUAGAUCGGCUAACCAAAGCGUGUAAAUAAGUCAAUUUACUAUAACUGUGGCACAAACCCUACGAUACAUAUGAGAAUUUACAAAUUAUGUUAAAUGUCUACUAUACGAUUGAAUUAAAUUUUAUCUGUAUGUAAAA